CUCAUAUUCAGGAGGGUGCUGAUGGCAAUUUGUGCUCAUCAUAGAUGAUCAGAUCAAAGGAUAAGCUGGAUGCACAUUGUUUGGAUGUAAAAAUUAUAUCAAACAUAGAACUGUCUCGUCUUCCUUUAGGUUGUGACCCAAAAGCCAGCUCUCUAAAUUAAUAUGGCUACUGCCCAAAUCAUGCACAACAGCCAGAAGCGUAAAACCUUGAAGGAAACGGCCCUCUUUCCAAGCCGAAUUGCUUCUCAGCAAGAGUCCCUGAUUCUGGUGAAAAGGCUGCUUGCAGUUUCAAUUUCCUGCAUCAGUUACCUGCGAGGUCUCUUCCCGGAAAGCUCUUAUGGAACCUGCUAUUUAGAGGAUAUAUGUUUAAAAAUCCUCCGAGAAGAUAAAAGUUGCCAAGGAGCACUUCAGGUAGUAAAAUGGAUCCAGGGAUGUUUCGAUGCACUGGAAAAGAACUAUCUACAUAUGGCAGUUUUGGCAAUCUAUACCAAUCCCAAAGAGCCUGAGCGCUUGACAGAAUUCUAUCAAUUCAAAUUCAAAUACUCAAAGAAUGGACCUCAGAUGGACUUCGCUAGUUCUCAAGUCAGCUUUCACAAUGGAACAAAUAGCCAAGAAAUUAAAAAAGCCAGUAUUCUACUCGUCCGCAAGUUGUAUAUAUUGAUGCAGCAUCUUGGACCCCUACCUAAUGAUGUGACUUUGACCAUGAAGCUGUUCUAUUACAAAGAUGUCACACCCAUUGAUUACCAGCCUCAUGGCUUCAAGGAAGGCGACAGCUCAGACGGUCUGCUUUUUGAUGGUGAUCCUGUGAACCUCAAAGUAGGAUCUGUUUCCACUGGAUUCCAUGUGUUGAAAGUGAGGGUAACAACAGACAGCAAAAGGGUGGGGAUGCUGGAGAACAGUCUGGUGGAAGAGAACGGUCCUACUGAAAUCUCCCACCAAGGUUUAGACUGUGAUGAUGAAGAUGAAGAAGAGGACAGCACUAAAGUACCAGAACAGAUCUGGAUCUAG